CUUUCUCUGCAGCCAGCCACAGCGCCGCGAAUAACGAUCGCUCACUCAGCUCCCUUACCGGCCCAGUCCCGCCUCUGCCUUGUGCAUGUCCGGAACGUCCCCAAACGACGCCUCGUCAUCGAGCGCAGCGCACCCAGGCUUCGGGCCCCAGACGCCAAUAAUGCAGGACGCAGAAAGAGAGGACGUCAGUAUGGCGCUGCCGCCGCCGAGGAAGCAGAACAUCGCCUGUGAUGCGUGCAGGCAGCGCAAGGUGAAGUGCCAUCAGGUUCCCGGCCAGUCGAAGUGCCAGCAUUGUAUCGCCAAAAACUAUGCGUGCACACAUCAUGCGCAGGAGGCGACCAGCGCAAAGAAACGUGUCUCGACCGUCAGCCGCAGACCACGGACAUACAGUUCCCAGUCUGGCAACACACAAAGUUCCAGUCCAACCUCCCUGAAACCGCCAAGUACGACUCCGACCCUCUCUGUGCCACCCGCGACGCCACCACGGUAUCAGACCCCGUUCGCACAACCGCCUAUAACGCGAAAUACGACGUUCACUGAACUUUUAGCUUAUCUGCUCUCGCCGCCCGAGGAUGCGACACAGAACGGGUAUAGUUCGAAUCCGUAUAAGGACUGGGGCGAACUUGCGUACAAACUCGACGACGAGACGUUUCGAAUCGAAUUCGCGCUCGACCUCGUCGAAGUCUACUUCCAAAUCGUCCACACCCGCCUCCCCUUCCUCAACCCAACCCAAUUCCGCGCCCGCCUCAACGUCACACUCCCCGUGACCUCCUCUUCCCCCACCGCGCUCUCCCCACAUCCGAGCCACUCCCCCUCGCACCUCCACGACCCACACACACACGCUCAAUCGCCCACCACGUCGUCCAUCCGUCCGCAUCACCCGCACCCGCAGCCUCCGCCCGCGCAUCCCGCACAACAAGUCGUCCACUCACACACGGAAAGUCGGAUAUAUACCACCCAUAAACCCUCCACAUCCUCCUCCACCUCAUCUACUCCCAACUCUAACGGCGGCGGCAGCGGCACGCCCACCAUCUCCACCUCCAACCACAACAACAACAACAACAACCACAACCACAACAACAACGCCAACACCACCAACGGCCGUUCCUCCUCCAGCUCCCCCACCGCCACCAACAUCUCCACCCCCGAUCCCGAUCCUCUCCACCCCGCACUAACGGCGACCGUGAUCGCAUGGGGCGCGAAGUUCAGCGAACAUCCGUUGUUGGUUGCGGGGCGGAGCGCGAGCCCGGGGAUGAGGCAGAGUCAUCUUGCGAAGACUUUGAUACAUAGGGCGAGGGAGGUCGCGGAGGCGUUGAAGGUGCAUAGGGUGCCGAAGGCGGAACAUGUGGUUAUUAGUUUGUUGAUUGAGCCGUUGCAGAGCCAAUUGAUAGAAGAUGUGAACGGUUUCCGCGGUUUUUGGCUCACAUCGGCCGUGAGACAGUUGUUCGACCUUCAACUAAAUCACAAAUCCGUCAUCUCCUCCAUCCCGGAUCCCGAAGCCCGCGGGACGAUGAUCUUCGCAUGGUGGUACGCCUGCCUCGCGGACGCCUAUUCCGCGGCGUACUACAAGCGGAGACCGAUGAUGGAGGACUCGGACUACGAUAUCGAUUUUUAUACGGCCGAUCCGGUGGUGUUGGAGCAGUAUCAGGCGUUGGGGGGUCAGGUGGAGGGAAAGGUGGACCCGAGGGAGCAUCUUGAGUUUCUGGGAUACUACGGCGCCGCACACGCACUCGCGCGGAUAUCCCGAAACAUGUCAAGACUGCUCUUCACGCCCAGCACCGACGCCGCCGGCGUGUCCGUCGACGCCCUGCGGGACAUCAUGGACCGUCUGAACGACUGGCGCGAGUCUUAUCUCCCCCGUGUCGGCGUGCCCACCAACUUUGCGGCGGAGUGGGACUUCGUGUCGGCGGUGUCGGCGUGUGCGAGCGACGCGACGUUCCAUAUUAUGUGGAUCAUACUGUUUACGGCCCUUGAUGAGUAUGGGGUGAAGGAGAUUAAUGAGGCGGUUAGGAGUGGGAGUAUGAAUGGUAUGAAUGGGGGGAGUCCGACGUUGCAGGGGGUUUGGAAUCAGGUGGAGGAUAUGAAGAGGAAGGUGUUGGAUGAGGCGUUGCAUGGGGCGUUGAGGAUCGCGGGUUUGGCCGGUGUGUUGACUAAAAACGGGUAUCUGCGACUGGACCCAGCCGUCAUGCACGUCUCCUGCAACCAAGCCGGCGUCUUCCUCGCUCGCUUCGGUCGUCCAGAGGUCUCGAACUGCAUCGAAGGCCUGGAGCAGUACUCUUACUCGUAUGAAGAGGCAGCCGAACAGGCAGAGGAUCUAAGGCGGAUAUUCGCGCUCGCGCGGGCUGGGAAGGGCGAUUUUAAUAAUAUGGCCUCGGUCAUCCCAAGACCGCACGCGCUCACGCAUUCGCACUCUCAACUUCAGCUCCAACAACAACAGCAACAACAGCAGCAGCAACAGAUGCGGGGUGUGGUGCAGGGUACGAUUGGGGGGUUGAAUGGAGCGGGGAUGGGAGGUCCCGGGCAUGGGGCGAUGGGGAAUGGGAUGGCGGGACAUACGCAUGGGCAUACGCAUGGGGCGGGGAUUGGGAUUGGGUUGGGUGUGGGUCCGAUGGGAGGGGUGGUUAAUGGCGGUAUGGGCGUGGGCGUUGGCGUGCAGGACAGUGGGAUGUAUGUCGAUGUGGGUCCUUAUUGAUUGAGCGUUGAGCGUGACGUGGCUUGGUCUGGUCUUGGUACGGUUUGAUAUUAUGCUGGAUGGAUGGAUGAUGUUUUUGUUGGUUGGUCGCGAUGCGGGGGCUGGACGCGUUGUAAGGAUAUAUGCGCCAUAGUGGGUGGACAGCACGGUCUGUUUUUUCUUUCUCUCUUUCUUUCUUUUUUUUUUUUUUUGCAGCUUGUCUCGACUCUCUCUCGAAUAUUUUUCCCCUUUGACCUCGAUUGCUUAUACCGUUCGAGUUUCCUUCUCCUCACUUUUUCUCCGACGUGUCUUGUAUCUUUCUCCCUUCGUUCUUCUCGCUUCUCGUGCAAGUAUCCCAUUCCAUUUUUUAUCCGUUGCUUUAUUGGUAGUGUACGCGCCUAGUCUUCAUCAAUCCCCCUUCUCUCUUCUUCCUCGCUCCUCUGAUUCGCUCCUCUCGUAUCUCCCUCUCAGCUCAGCUCACACAUAAUUUCGAACCAUCUCCGUCGGAAAAUAUAGUGCUCGUCGGCCUCGUCUCCUUCCUCCGCACCCCCCUUCCCUCUUUCCCUCUUACUCCCUCCGUUCUCCCUUCCUUCCCUCCUUCCCUCCGUCUGCCUUGCUCUUGCCUUGAUCAUCUGCAUCUGCAGCUUGCUU